AUGGCAAAUUUCAGCCCAUACCCAGGUGUGUUUUCUGGUCGGCGGAACCCAUCCGGAAAAGCGCCGCAUGGAUGGUCAGCAGCCUUGCAAUCGAGAAAGUAUGAGGAGGAUGCUUUGACGCCUUUGGAAAACAAGCGGGAGGCAGUUGCCGACAAAGCCAGCUCAGAGAGCGCCAGUGGCGGUGGGGGAGGAGGUGCCCAGUUACCUUUCAUGAUUCAAAACUUGUACCUCGCUCCAUUGAAGCCUGCAGCUGGCCCAGCUUACACUAUGACGAGAAUGCAGCCGAAGGACGUUGAGAAGCCAUCCUGGGCACACUGA